AAAGAUUUAAAUCCUUCUCCCUACAUUUUCAAAAUUCUUCUCCAUUCACCCUCUACAUCUUAAUAUAGUUUUCUCUACACAACAAGCAAUCUUCAAGUAGUUUUAUUUAAACUACACCUUUAUUUACUCCAGCAUCUAGUUCAUUUCUGUUGCGCCGGACACUUCAGAAAUACUUACAAACAAGCGUCUCAAACAGCACUCUUCAGCUUCAAGGCUCUCCAAUCAGCUAGUACUACAUCUAAAAAUGAAAAUUUUCAUUGCCACUAUUGCCACCACUGCCCUUCUUCUCUCUAGUGCUCUUGCCUCACCAGCAGCCAGCACAACCAGCAUCAAUAAAUCCGGCACAGUUAAGGUCGGGCAGCUCAAGGAUGGUGCACCAGCGUGCAAUGACGGUGAAGUCAACAUGUACGGCAUGAGAUACGCUCAAUACGGCCAAUCUGCCCUCGGAAAAGGUGAUGCCUCGAGCCUGAAAUGCAGUAAUAAUUGCAUCAAACUCACUAACCACGUUGGUGAUGACGUCAAAACCACUGUUCUCAAGAUUAUUGGGGCGUGCACGGAAUGUACCAGUGAUGAGCUGCAGAUUUCAAGCAUCUCCUUGAAAGAUAUUACGUUCGGCAAAUUGUCUCCUACUAUUAACAACAUCAAGUACGAAAUCAUUGACUGCAAGGUGGCCGGGUACAAGGGCAAAUAGUAUUUUCAUGCCAGGGCAAAGCAUUGCACAUUCCUUAUUUUAAAUCGACGUCAGCGCUGGCU